GAGUUCAUUUCUUUCAAAACACAAGAGUUGCAACUUUUAGAAGAGGAUAAUAAUGAUAAAAAUAAUAUUGAAUCUUAUAAAUCUGUUGUAGUCAUUAAUCCAAUUGUAACUAAGCAUUGUGAACACCCACCAAAACAAUGA